CCUAUAAUCACCGUCACCUUUCACUUGCAUAGGUGCACUCUACUAAUUUUCAGCAAAGAUGCAGCAAUCAUUAAUUAUUUAGCCGUGCAAUUCUGUGAGUAAGAAAAGAAGGGGUGUCAAACGACGUCUCUGACAACCCUUUGUCACUUAGUGCAUUUCCAACGCCACACUUUUGCCGGCCAUAUAUGACAUGGUGUGGUGAUCUUGCUUUGAAUUUGAUACGGGUUCAUUGCCUUGCUCAGGUGUUCUUUCCUCGUCAUCUGCAGGUCUGCAAACCAGGUCUUGGGGGAAGUGGGUUAAGUCCAUAUCGACAUAGAUAUUGUCCAUCAUAAUCUCCACUGGGGUGUGUUAGGAGCACAACUCCAAAGUGUGCGUGCGAUUUUGAUGAGUCGUGUAGUUUUGUGCGACCCGCCUGAAAAAUUAUGUGUUGCGUUGCUGUUUGACUGUGGCUCCAUUUUUGAAGAUCUAUAAAAUAGUGCGCGCGGGAUGAAAAAGUGCGUGCAUGAGAUGCGCCGAAGGAACAAUGGAAAACGGAGAUGUGUAGCAGAUUCAUGCUACAGUGUGACUGGUGAGCCUGCCCAAACCGUGUGACCUUGUUUCUCACACUAAAGGCGACUAAAAGCCUGCCGCUGCGCAGGAUGUGUCAGCCAAACAGUGCUGGAGCCAGUCAUGUGAAAGUGGUAGUCUGGGUCAAGGAGGUAAGAGGCUUGAAGCGCGGCUUUCAAUACCCCCACCUUGAGACUCUCAGCUAACGUACACACACACACUUUGAAAUAUUCAACACUUUACCCAAAUUCUCUGUCCUUGUCCUCGUUUGUUAGUGCUGAGGUCAGUCCUGGUCACGGUCCCCCACCCCCAUGGCCCUGAUUGGUUCAAAAAGAAAUAGGCAUGGGAAUGGAGCUCAUUGGGUUAGCAGACCUGCUGUGGGUGUCCCUCAAUUGGGCACGACAAAGAGAGAGAAACGGAGAGAGAGAGAGAUGGGGGGGGGGGUUAGAAGGAGGAGGGGCCUCCUUCUUUACUUCUGUUAGCAGUCAAGUUGUGUUCAUUUCACGUGCACUUGUCAUGAAGUACAUCUGCUCAAAUAACAUCCUGGAAGACGUACGGUCCAAUUUUUCUCAGUUUUUUUUUUUUUUUUUUUUUUAAUGGCACUUUUGGAAGUUUGUCUUUUGCCAAUAUUAUCCGUGACUGGGGGGCGUGGAGGCUUUCUGAACUGAUCCCACGCUCAUCGGAAGCUCGUAGCGCUCUCCGAGGAUCUCCUUGUAUUGUCUCGCUUUCCUCGUACAAGGGAUCAAAGGGAGCUGCUGCAACCCCCUUAAAAUCUAGAGGGGAACCAAGGAGGGCGAACGAAGCGCCAUAUUUGCAUUGGACCAUUGUAGCGAUAGAUGAGAUUUGCCUUCACCGCGUUUGUUGAUCAGUUAGUCUCUUGAAACACAAAGAGGUGUUUUCUUGGCGACCUGCAGAAUGGAGGUGAUGGCAUCUUGUUGGAGAGGACAGGAGGAGCACGCCGCCAAGCUGAAGGCAGAGAAGAUCCGAGUAGCCCUGGAGAAAAUCAAAGAGGCGCAAGUCAAAAAGCUGGUGAUCAGGGUCCACAUGUCAGACGAGAGUUCCAAGACCAUGAUGGUGGACGAGAGGCAGACGGUCAGGCAGGUGCUGGACAGCCUGCUGGACAAGUCGCACUGUGGCUACAGCCCAGACUGGUCACUGGUGGAAACUAUUACAGAGCUGCAAAUGGAACGUAUUUUUGAGGAUCACGAGAACUUGGUGGAGAAUCUGUUGAACUGGACGCGGGACAGUCACAACAAGCUCAUGUUCAUCGAGCGCAUCGAGAAAUAUGCUCUCUUCAAGAACCCGCAGAACUACUUGUUGGGGCGUAAGGAGACUACAGAAAUGGCUGACAGGAAUAAGGAGGCCUUAUUAGAGGAGUGCUUCUGCGGCGGCUCCGUGUCAGUGCCUGAGAUUGAAGGUGUGCUGUGGCUAAAGGAUGAUGGGAAGAAGUCAUGGAAGAAGCGCUACUUCCUCCUCAGGGCUUCUGGAAUCUACUAUGUCCCCAAAGGCAAAGCCAAGGCAUCCAGAGAUCUUGUGUGCUUCCUGCAACUGGACCACGUUAAUGUCUAUUAUGGGCAAGACUAUCGCAGCAAAUAUAAAGCUCCGACUGACUACUGCCUGGCUUUGAAGCAUCCACAGAUCCAGAAGAAGUCACAAUAUAUUAAGUAUUUGUGCUGCGAUGAUGUCAGGACCUUGCACCAGUGGGUGAAUGGAAUUAGAAUUGCAAAGUAUGGGAAGCAGCUCUAUAUGAACUACCAGGAGGCCAUGAAAAGAACAGAGGCAGCCUACGAUUGGUCCUCUCUAUCUACCUCUAGCAUUCGUUCCGGCUCCAGUUCUGCCAGCAUACCCGAAUCACAAUCGAAUCAUUCAGGCCAAUCAGACAGCGGCGUGGACACAGGGUCUCAUGGUCGCUCCCAGAGUGUUGUGAGCUCCAUUUUCUCAGAGGCAUGGAAGAGAGGCACUCAAUUAGAGGAGAACACCAAGAUGCGAAUGGAGGCUUCCAGAGGAGCCACUUUGCCCCAUGCUUCCCACAGUCACCGUCAUCACAGCCAGCAUUCAGUCGACCACCAAGCCCUGACAACCUCCCCUCAGGCUCAUCCGCAGCAACAGCCUCAACCACAGGCAGUUGAGCAGCACCUGCCCCCGAAGCCUCAGUCGCCUCAACAGGUCCCGCAGCCCCAUCCGCAGUCACCUCAGCGCUUGCAGCAGCCUCCACAAGUGCUGCAACAUAAGGAGCCGCACACCAUGAGCAGCCACGUGCCCCCUCAACAGCCACCACACCCUGUGAACAACUACAGCCAAAUGCCUCCACCACCAUCACUUCAACAGCACCAGACGCAUGCAAACUACAAUCAGCAUUCGCCGAAAGUAAGCAACUACAAUUUUGUGCCGUCCCAACAGCCGCCAAACAGCGACAGUAACUACAGCCACGUGUCCCCCCCUCAGCAACAGCCAGCUCCUCCACCGCCUCCGCCUCCUCCACCACCACCACCACCACCACCACCACCUCCACCACCCCCAGUCCAAACCAUGUCGCACUACUCUCCAGCUCUCAACAUGUACAAAUUCAGUACAAUAACCAGACUGCAGAACAAGAACCAGUCUGGCAGUCACCACAGAAUGCAUCCCCAACAAGCGCCCCCAUCCCAAACACCGCCCACCGCAAAGUUGCACAUCAAACCAAAUGUGAAUCACAUUGCAGCAAGGACUAAUGUCCCGCCUCCACCUCCUCCUCCUCCGCCACCAUCUAUGCCAACUCCUGGUUCUGCCAUGGCGGCACUGAAGUACGGCCCUCCGAGUCCUAACGCGCCCGCCGGCUUCAUCCCCCCGCCUGUGGCUCCCCAGGCCAACGGAGUAGUAUUUCCUCCCCUUCCCCCGUCAGCGGCGAUUCUCAUCAGCCAGUCAACGAAUCCAAUUGGGAUGAAGCGUGAACUGAAAGAGAGGUUUCCCAGCCCGCCACGGGAUCUCCUGCCUGCGAAUGGAGAAGUAGAUGACUCCCCACCUCCUGCUCCAACUCCAUCGCCGCCUCCUCCACCCCCACCUCCACCACCUCCUCCGCCCCCACCCCCACCACCUCCUCAGCAGCUCCCAGUACCGGCCCAGUUCCCACCUCCUCCACCGGCACCACCCAAAUCCUUUACCCCAGGAUUUGCUCCUCAGACUGCCCCCAAACCUGUGUCACCUGUGUCACCUUUCCCACCUGCCCCACCACCAGCCACCAUGGGUGGACUGCCACCCGCGCCACCCCCUCCUCCGCCUGCACCCCUCAAGAAGCAAUUCAGUCUCCAAACAGGCUCCACCUACAACCAGCCUCCACCGACUCUUCCCAAGCAGCACAGUCUGUCAAAGCCCCCGCCUAUUUCCACAGGAACGCCCCCAGUCUCGUCUUUGGUGAAACAGCUCGCAAGUCAGUUUCCAGGGGCUUCAACCCAAGUAGCCAAUCACACGGAGAACCCCAAAGUCCCACUCUCCCCACCCGCAGUCAAGUCCAAACCAAAAUGGCAGCCUGCUGGCAGUCAACAGGUACAGUCUUCAGAGUUCCCACCCCCUCCGGACAGUGUUCAAGUCAACAGGACUGGUUUUCCUCCCCCACCACUAGCGCCACCGGCUCCGUCGGCCCCUGCCUCAUGUCCAACACCACCACCCCCACCCCUUCCCCCUGGAACUAUGGGGUCACCCGUGAGGACGUCGCCCUCUGUCCUAAUAGGUAAAAAACCUCCUCCGGCCCCCCAGAGGAACUCCAGUAUCAAGUCCAACUCUACUGCGUCCUAUGAAGAAUCCAGGAGGAACCUUCUCAGUAAAUUUGCCCCGGAGAUUAAUACCUCUUCAUCCUCCCAAUUUCCCACCGCUGCCUCCACUUGGUCUCCGUCAAAGGAUCCCUCAGCAGGACCCCGUGCACCCCCAAAACCCGGUAAGCUGAACCUGGCCAACCUGUCCUUGGGUCUUCAGGCCAAAGUCAGCCAGGCGAAGCAAUCCGGCGGCGACUUCCCCUCCCCUCCAGCUGAGUGUGGCUACUUCCCUCCUCCGCCGCCACCGUCUGAGCUAUUCCCGCCUCCACCUCCUCCUGGGAACGAUUCUCAUAGUAAUGGACCUCCAAGAGUAGCUGUGGUGAACCCCCAGCCUCAAGCUCCUCCUCCUCCUCCUCCUCCCCCUCCUCCCCCUCCUCCCCCACCAGUCUCUAUUAUUAACAACUCCACUUGGGGUAAGAGCUCCCUGAAAAAGACUCCUCCACCGACACUUGUGCGCCGUAGCAACACUACGCCAGAACCGCUACCACCACCACAGCUACCUCCACCCACCUCACCAAAGGGCAGCUCAGGCCAGCCCAACUUCCUUGCAGAUCUUAACCAGACGCUCAAGCGAAAGUCUGUGGGUAAGCAAGGCAAAAUGGACCCUGCUGGGACUGUGGAUGACAUGACAUUGCCGCCGCCGCCCCCUGAGCUGCUCCUUGAAGAGGGAAAGCAAAGCAAUGGAGGAAAUGAUGGCUACUUGUCCGGGAACAUCUCAGGCUAUGCAACACUACGACGAGGACCCCCACCAGCCCCACCAAAACGGGGGGAUGCCACCAAGCUUACUGGGUAGUGGUGAAAAAAAAAACGUUUUAGAAUGACAGACUAUUGCUCUACCUGUUUGGGAGCACAAUAACAAAUUGCUGUUGUACUGUACAUACCAAAAGCUAAUUGGUCAGCGAGGGUUUACGUUUUUCAAAUGCUCAGGAUUUUCAACAUUGACUCUCUUAGCAUGUAGCUUCGAUCCUACUGCCAAAUAAAACAUGAAGUAUUAACUCUCCCAAACUCAUAAUGAUAAAUCUUGUGCAUUAAGCAUUUGAAGUAAAUUCCAAAUUAAUUUAGGAAAUGAGACUAGAUUCAUGUUGGACCCAAACCCAGUACCAUCUUCUGUUCCUGCAUAUUGGAAAGGAAAAAACGGACCUUGUUCAGGUUGUAAAUGCGAGUGCAUGUGUGUGAUUGCUGCGUGGGACUCAUACUAACAUGCAUUGAGCACAUGCAUGUACAUGAGUAAGAGGCCUAUGCAGAAUUGGGCUUGUUUGCUUUUGUGUGAAAUUAUUUAAAUGAUCAAUUGGAGUGUUUUUAUAUUAAGAUCAAUAAAGAUCUGGUCAGAUGUGAUUAUGGAAUGUACAUUGGAAGUUAGGCAUGAAUGGCUCACAUCCACACAAUGUCCAUAAUAGAGAGCGUAAAAUCUGCAAAAGCUUUGUGCUGUCUUUAUAAAUGGUCGUAUCCCGGGACAAAAGCAAAGAAGGAGGCCUUAUUCUUUAAGUCUUGCACACUGUGGGGAGGUGGGAGAUUGAACGCUCUGCAGACGUGGGGGAAAAUACUCAUGCAAAAAUUUUCCAUGGACCUCUCAAGGCAACUGGAGGGAAAUUGUUGCGGAGUGCCCCCCCCCCACCCCCCAUAUUAUUAUUAUAUAUUUUUUUUUAGUCCAUUUGUACAGUUGCUGCAGCUGCUGCUUCCUUGCUGUUCCCCCCUGCCCCCAAUCCAUCCACCAUGUCGCAUCUCAACAAUCCAGGAAGCAGGCUGGAUUCGUCCACAUGAAGGAUACUCCACAGGAUACUGUACAGUACAUCAAGUACACCAUCAUGGGAAACAUUAAAUUCAUGUGAGGUGCACAUAAGACUUGAAUGUUGCUCUCGGAUUAGUGGGUCUGUUGUAUAUGGAUUCUUUGUGGUGCCAUGAAAGUCUUCAGCCUAACUGCUUGCAGCAAUGCCUUCAUUUUCAUCAGGGUGCUUGCGCUGUCCCAACAUUUUAACAUGUGUCAGGAUGACAUUUAUAUGUCCAUCACUAGUAAAGAUGAAGGAGAUUGGCUUUUAUUUAAAGGGGAUGAUAAAGACCAAUGGAAAAUGUUAAACUCACAUGGUCAAGCCUAAAAGAGAAAGAUCCUCAUGAAAUGGGUUCAACGUGCUACUCUUUUAUUCUAACAUGGUUGUGGUGUAUUUCUUUUUUUUUUUUAAUCUGUCCUUAACAGGAUAUUUGCUACAGUUCUGUGUAAGUUAUUGAUGUGCUCAUGUGGGGCCUAAAUGGUUGGAAAUUGAUUAAAUGUGUCCUUCCUUAUAAACCGAAAUUCACAAUAUAAAUGUUCGAACCAGAA